CGCCGCUCCCGUCGCCCCAAAUGGGGGGAAAAUGGCCCUGGGGGGCCCGCUCUGCCCUCGCAGGGGGUGUGUUCGCCUCCCCCCUCCAACUAACUUGGGGGGUGUGACAGCUGGAUCUGAACCCGGUUCCCCUUGGGUAGGUGUUCUUUGCGGGGGCUGAGCCGUGGGGCCCCUCCUGGUCUUCUUGCGGGGUUCUGCAUCUUUACCAUGGAGAAUGUGCUGCCUUCUGCCGUACUGGAAAUCUGCGUGCUGGUUGGAGCGCCCAGAGACAAAGUGAAAGAAGCCUGCCAGGCCUCUCAGAAAAACGAUGUGAAGAACUUUCCCGCCUUUGAACCAGAAGUCCUUUCUGUUUUUGUACCUCCGUUUAUCACCAGGCAGGAGUUCCAGGCGACGACGAUAAACCCCAGCACUUUCAACAACAGAAGACGCCGUUCCUUUCGGAAGAAAAAAGACAAAUCGAAGAUCGAAAGCGCAAGAGCUCUGAACGGAGCCCUUAAUGUGCCGGAGACUGAGGAUAUCAGUGUCCCAAAAGAUGUUGACCUUAACGGACUGCCUCAGCUUUGCUUUCCAGGAGGAUUUUUUAUAACAAGCGAAUCAAUGGAUGACCAUAUCCAUUUCCUGGUUUUUACAGACGUUUGUGGUAACAGGACAUAUGGUGUAGUCGCACAGUAUUACCACCCUGUUCAAAAUGGACACAUCUCUUCCAAUGGGCAGGUUCUCUGGGAAGCUUCUAAAGGUGCUGCAUAUUUUGUACCAUAUGCUAUUUGUGUCAUAUCCAGGUAUCCAUACUUCAAUGCCCUCAAAGACUGUCUGUCUUGUUUACUGAUACAGUUGAAGCCUUACAAGGAUUUAGAUGUGGAUGAUUAUAUAAAAGAAUUCGCUGCAAAGCUAUCUUUAAUACCCAGCCCUCCCCCGGGACCACUCCACUUGAUAUUUAACUUGAAGCCACUUCAAGUGAUUUUUCCAUCUCAGGAGGACCCUGACAGUUCAAUUAUUGAUCUGGAUCUUCAUCUUCCCUUCCUGUGCUUCAAACCAGAUCAGGUGUUGCAGGUACGGUACGGCUAG